CGCCAAUAUGUUAGUUGGCAAAUAGUGUAUGUUAACCUAUGAAAAAGUUAUCUCCCUUGCAGAAAACUUUAAAUCGUCAGCUGAUCCAGAGUGUUUACAUCGGUGAUUUUCUACAUGACACUGACAGUUAAUGACUUAUACAAAUGACAAGAAACAAUUCAAAUAAAUACUCAGUCUGUGCUCUACGAGCAGCAGUUAGAGAAGUCAAAAAAGGAAAAUGUUUGUCCAAAGUAUCAAGAAAGUUUGGAAUACCAAAGUCGACACUGCACGAUCACAGUUGGGGAAAGUUAUAAGGGAAUUCUCCCGCAAUGCAUCUAUCACGACUACUUCAAAGGCUUAAAUGUGUACCAGUGUCAUGCGAUAUGUUAUUUGGCAGCAAUAGUUGCAGACAUAAGUCUACUCUUCAAGGCACAAUGGACCGUUACCAUGGUAUCACAGUAGACGUGAUUCAGCAGAUCGAACCAACCACCUCCACUGCAAAUUUCUACCGUGUUCUUGAAACCUCGGUUCGGCAAUGGCGAAGCGAGCAAGUGUCAGCAGCCUGGCUCAAGUUCCCCAUUCAUUACAGCCGAUACAUAGAGGCGGCCGCCGGGCUUGGGUUUGAGUUUCACCACGCAGAAGGCAGCACAUGCCUGCUGAAACGCUGGCUGAGGGAGGACAGGGAGGACGCCACGCCGAGGUUUGCAACACAUCAACUGGGCGUCUGCGGUGUUGUAUUAAGGGAGGAUACAAAUGAGCUACUGAUGAUGCAAGAAAAGAAAACACAGUUUCGAAAUUGGAAGUUUCCAGGCGGACUGGCCGACCUUGGUGAAGAUAUAGGUGCGGCAGCUGUGCGUGAAGUACAAGAGGAGACCGGAAUUAGAACAGAUUUUAAGUCAGUCAUCGCCUAUCGACAACAACACGAACACCCUAGCGCCUUUGGUCGUUCGGACAUGUACGUCGUCUGCAGAUUGGCGCCAUCUUCGUUCGACAUAGUACCGUGCGAUCACGAGGUUCUCCAGUGCCAAUGGAUGUCAAUCAAAGCGCUAAAAGGGCAAAUGGAGAUCGCGCCAAUCACGAACCGGAUUAUUUCCCUUGUUUUGUACGGUUUAGAACACGGAUUUGAUCAUGUGGACGUGUGCGGUGAACGGAUGAAAUCCGUGUACAAAGGCCAGCAUUUCAAAUUGUUUCAUCGUCCGCUACCAUCGGAGUACCGCAAAUAGUUAUAUCGUCGUCGUGUAGAAAUAAAUUAACGUUAUAUUG